AGACAUUGUAGAAAAACAAAAGGAUCCGAAAACAAAGAGAGGCGCGAGAUGUGCCUUCAACUGCUCAACAAAGUCGACGCUCAGACGGGGAGCAGCAACAACAGCGACGUGACGACACCGCUUUAUCAAGAACAUAGAUCCUCCCGGGUCAUUUAUUAAACCCUAAGUUCAACAAUCAUUCGAAUCGCAUUUGCAUAUAGUAUGCUGUUUAAAAGUUGUCAUUCCGUUCUAUGCAUUUCCAAUCAAAUGAGAUUUUGAGAUCUUGCAAAAUUGGAGCUGGGUUUCUGGUGUAGAUUCUGAAUGGAGUCGUUAUUGGAGCUUUGCGAUUUGAUCGCGCAAAACCCGGCUCAAUUCUCGGAAAAACUCGCCUGGAUUUGCAACCGUUGCCCGUCGCCGGAGUCUUUACUGACCGGAUCGCCGAGGGUUUCGAGGUCGCAGCUUAAUGCCAUACUUGGUGUUGCGCGAUUCCUCUCCAAAUGCCCUGACCACGCUCAUGAAACCCCCAAUUCUCUUCUCCUCGGAUUUUACCGCUCAAUUCCCUCCUCUUUUAACCCUUCGUUCUGGCCCCAAUCAUUUUCCAAGGAUUCCAUUUCUACGUUUUUUAAUGAUUUAUUGAAUUGUAUCUACAGAGCUGCGGACUUAUCCACUGAUUUUGCCGCAGAUGUUGCGGGAUUCACUGGGGAAAUUGUGAUUUACACUAUAAAUAAUUCGGAUUCUGAAAUUUCUAGGAUUUUCUUGAACGCUCUAUGCUUGAAUUUUCCUCCAAUUCAACCCUCUGACGCAAAUAAUUUGGUUUCUACUCUUUUGGACCGGUUUGAAAUCUCUGCCAUACCGAGUUCUCCAAGGGAGGCGCUUUCUAUAACCCCUGACACGACUUCGGCCCAGAGCUCUCCUAUUAGCGUGAAUCACCAUCAGUCUCCGGGUAAUGAUACCAGUAUUGCCUCAGCUGGGUCAACGAGUAGUGUGGCUUCAAGGGAUGAGGCGUCAUCAUCGAGAGGUAUUAUGGUGAAUGGAGGUAGUAGCUUAACAUGGAAGAGCAACAUGGAUAUAAUGGACGGGACUAUGGGGUUGAAUGAUGCCUCUGUUUAUAAGAAGGCCUUGGCAUUCUUUGAGGAGGAGUCUGUAAAGAGCCUUGGAAAACAGGAGAUUGCUUUCAAAUUAAUUGGACACUUGUUGGAUAAAGUGACCAUUGAUCCGAUGCUUUUGGAGCAUGUGAGAGGUGUAGCCAAGGAGCAACUUCAAUCAAUUCUAAUAUUUUUAAAGAUUAGGAAGAAUGAUUGGGCGGAGCAAGGGCAAUUGCUGAAAGUAAGGAUUAAUUCAAAGCUGUCUGUUUACCAAGCAGCAGCAAGGUUGCAAAUUAAGGCUCUUCCAUCUCUUGAUGCGGAAGGUAAGUCAUCAAAGAGAUUGUUGCAUGGAGCUCUUGCAUUGUUGAUAGAGGCUUCGGAGGCAUGCUUGCUCUCAGUUUGGCGGAAAUUAAGGGCAUGUGAAGUGCUCUUUAGUUCAUUACUAGCUGGGAUUUCCCAAGCUGCUGUCACUCGUGGUGGUCAGCUGCUUCGUAUUCUACUCAUUCGAUUUAAACCCCUUGUUCUAGCUACAUGUGCUCAGGCAGACACUUGGGGCAGCAGCCCGGGGGUAAUGUUCGAGAGUGUCUUGAAAACAUGCUGUGAGAUAAUUUACUUUGGAUGGACGAAGGACCGGUCUCCCGUAGACACUUUUAUUAUGGGACUGGCUACGAAUGUUCGUGAAAGAAAUGAUUAUGAGGAAGAGGAUGGAAAAGAGAAGCAGGCAGUGCCAGCUCUGCAGCUGAAUGUUAUACGCUUGCUAGCUGAGUUAACAGUUGCUGUUAACAAGCCUGAACUGGUUGACUUGAUAUUGCCCUUAUUUAUUGAAAGUUUAGAAGAGGGUGAUGCUUCAACUCCUGGCUUAUUGAGAAUUCGACUUCUCGAUGCUGUUUCUCGCAUGGCAAGUUUAGGUUUCGAGAAGUCCUACCGUGAAGCUAUUGUUCUCAUUAUUCGGAGCUACUUGGGUAAACUCUCCAUUGUUGGCUCUGCUGAGAGUAGAACCCAGGCACCUGAAGCCACAACGGAACGUGUUGAGACUUUACCUGCAGGCUUUUUGUUGAUUGCCAGAGGCAUUACGACUACUAAAUUGCGUUCAGAAUAUCGUCAUCGUUUGCUGUCACUGUGUUCAGAUGUAGGCUUGGCUGCUGAGUCGAAAAGUGGAAGGAGUGGAGCAGAUUUCCUUGGGCCUCUACUCCCUGCGGUGGCAGAAAUAUGUUCUGAUUUUGAUCCUAGUGUAGGUGUAGAACCUUCGCUCCUAAAGCUAUUUCGGAAUUUGUGGUUCUACAUUGCUCUUUUUGGGUUAGCACCUCCAAUACAGAAAAUACCAACUGGGACAAAGUCAGUUUCCACGUCACUUAAUAGCGUGGGUAGCAUGGGUGCUAUUGCACUACAAGCAGUUGGUGGACCAUAUAUGUGGAACGAACAGUGGUUAUCUGCUGUUCAACGCACCUCUCAAGGGACCCCACCUCUUGUGGUUAGCUCUGUGAAAUGGCUUGAAGAUGAGUUAGAACUUAAUGCUCUUCAUAACCCAGGUAGCCGCCGGGGAAGUGGAAAUGAAAAAGCUGCUGUAAGUCAAAGAACUGCUCUUUCUGCUGCUCUAGGAGGGCGAGUGGAGGUUUCAGCAAUGAGCUCAAUUUCAGGUGUCAAAGCAAAUUAUCUCUUAGCUGUUGCGUUCCUGGAGAUAAUACGAUUUAGCAGCAAUGGUGGCAUUCUCAAUGGUGGUCCUAGUUCUACCGUGUCUCGAAGUGCCUUCAGCUGUGUCUUUGAAUACUUGAAAAGCCCCAAUCUAAUGCCGGCUGUCUCCCAGUGCUUGACUGCUAUUGUCCAUCAGGCUUUUGAAGCAGCAAUUGUGUGGCUGGAAGCUCGAGCAACUGAGACUGGACAAGAAGCCGAGAUUAGAGAAUCUACUCUCUCUGUUCAUACUUGUUUUCUCAUAAAAAAUUUGUCUUCAAGAGAUGAACAUAUACGGGAUAUCUCACUUAAUUUAUUAACUCGACUAAGAGAUAGGUUUCCUCAGAUAUUGUGGAAUCCUUCUUGUCUGGAUGCUUUGCUACUUUCAGUGCAUAGUGAUCCACCGACAGCUCUUGUGAAUGAUCCUGCUUAUGUUGCUAGUGUUCGCUCUUUAUACCAGAGGAUUGUUCGGGAAUGGAUCAUUGUUUCACUGUCGCAUGCGCCGUGCACUAGUCAGGGUCUUCUUCAGGAAAGGCUCUGCAAAGCUGAUACAUGGCAAAGAACACAGCCUACAGCUGAUGUGGUAUCUCUUUUAUCGGAAAUAAGGAUUGGUACAGGUAAAAAUGAUUGUUGGACCGGUACAAAAACUGCAAAUAUUCCUGCUGUAAUGGCUGCAGCUGCUGCAGCGUCUGGAGGAAACUUGAAAUUAUCUGAUGCCUUCAAUUUGGAGGUGCUCGGUACUGGUAUGGUUAGUGCAACAGUAAAAUGUAACCAUGCUGGAGAAAUUGCCGGCAUGAGAAGGUUAUACGAGAGCAUUGGUGGCCUUGAUAAGCCUCCAUCGGUUGGUUCUGGUCUUAAUCCUGACCUUCCAGAGUUAGGUUCGGGAGCAUUACUGCAACAUCCACAAUCAAAAAAUGAAUCAUUCAAUGAGAUGUUACUUUCGAGGUUUGUGAGUCUGCUCCAGAAGUUCGUCAACAAUGCGGAGAAAGGUUGUGAAGUGGACAAAUCAUCAUUUCGUGAAACUUGUUCUCAAGCAACUGCAUUGCUUCUUUCAAAUAUGGGUUCAGAUUCAGAAUCAAAAGUUGAGGGCUUUUCACAACUCCUACGUCUCCUUUGCUGGUGUCCAGCUUACAUAACCACACCGGAUGCAAUGGAGACUGGUGUUUACAUCUGGACAUGGUUAGUUUCAGCUGCGCCUCAAUGGGGUUCGCUAGUCCUUGCUGAACUUGUUGACGCAUGGUUGUGGACAAUUGAUACCAAGAGGGGUCUUUUUGCAUCUGAUGUGAUGUAUUAUGGACCUGCUGCAAAGUUAAGGCCUCACCUUGCUCCUGGUGAGCCUGAGCGGCUGCCCGAGAAGGAUCCUGUUGAACAGAUAAUGGCUCACAGACUGUGGCUUGGUUUUUUUAUAGAUCGGUUUGAGGUAGUUCGGCAUAACAGUGUUGAGCAGCUAUUGUUAAUUGGUCGGAUGCUACAAGGGACAACAAAACUGCCCUGGAAUUUUUCACGCCAUCCGGCUGUCACUGGAACCUUUUUCACUCUCAUGCUUUUUGGCCUAAAAUUUUGCUCUUGCCAGUCACAGGGGAAUCUGCACAACUUCAGAACAGGGCUACAGUUGCUGGAAGAUAGGAUUUAUAGGGCCUCAUUAGGGUGGUUUGCUCAUGAACCUGAAUGGUAUGAUUUGAAUAACAACAAUUUUGCUCAGAGUGAAGUUCAAUCACUUUCUGUGUUUGUCCAUCAUCUUUUAAGUGAGCGGUUGGACACUUCCCAUCAUGAUUCCAAAGGACGUGGGCUCGAAAAUGGUGGCUCUUUUAAUGGUGUGAAGGAUCAAUGUCACCCUGUCUGGGGUCAGAUGGAGAACUACACUGUUGGACGAGAGAAGCGACAGCUGUUGCUUCUGAUGCUAUGCCAGCAUGAGGCUGAUAGGCUUGAUGUUUGGGCACAACCUAUUGGUCCUAAGGAAAGUACUUCUCGUCUCAAAAUCAGCUCUGAGAAGUGGAUUGAUUAUGCAAGGAUUGCCUUCUCUGUUGAUCCUCGAAUUGCUCUAUCUUUAGCAGCUAGAUUUCCAACAAAUUCUACUCUGAAGUCUGAACUCACUCAGCUGGUUCAAUCACAUAUAUUGGAGAUCCGCGACAUUCCUGAAGCUUUGCCAUAUUUUGUUACCCCAAAGGCGGUUGAUGAAAAUUCUUCACUUCUGCAGCAAUUGCCACACUGGGCAGCUUGUUCAAUCACUCAGGCUCUGGAGUUCCUCACUCCGUCUUAUAAAGGUCAUCCUCGAGUCAUGGCUUAUGUUCUCAGGGUGUUGGAAUCUUAUCCCCCUGAGCGUGUGACGUUCUUCAUGCCUCAGCUUGUGCAGGCUCUAAGAUAUGAUGAUGAAAGUUUAGUUGAGGGAUACCUGCUCAGAGCUACACAAAGGAGCGAUAUUUUUGCCCAUAUUUUGAUAUGGCAUUUACAGGGUGAGACUUAUGUUCCAGAGCCAGGGAAAGAUGCAGACUACGCAAAGUUUUUGCAGGAUAGAUCAUUCCAAGAUUUAUUGCCAGUUGUUAGGCAACGUAUAAUUGAUGGUUUUAAUCCUAAAGCCCUUGAUUUGUUUGAAAGAGAAUUUGAUUUCUUCGACAAGGUCACAUCAAUAUCUGGUGUUCUCUUUCCACUUCCAAAGGAGGAAAGGCGAGCAGGCAUAAGGAGGGAGUUGGAGAAAAUUCAAAUGCAAGGAGACGAUCUCUAUCUGCCUACUGCUCCUAAUAAACUUGUAAGAGGUAUUCAGGUCGACAGUGGAAUUCCUUUACAAUCAGCGGCUAAAGUUCCUAUAAUGAUCACGUUUAAUGUGGUGGAUCGAGGCGGAGAUGGCAGUGAUGUAAAGCCCCAAGCCUGCAUUUUCAAGGUUGGAGAUGACUGUCGACAAGAUGUUCUUGCUUUACAAGUUAUUUCUCUUUUGAAGGACAUUUUUGAAGCCGUUCGGCUUAAUCUGUAUUUGUUUCCUUAUGGAGUUCUCCCAACUGGUCCAGAGAGAGGAAUUAUUGAGGUUGUGCCUAAUACACGUAGCAGAAGUCAGAUGGGUGAAACCACUGACGGUGGGUUAUAUGAGAUUUUUCAACAAGACUUUGGGCCUGUUGGUUCUCCCAGCUUUGAAGCUGCCCGUGAGAAAUUCCUUAUUAGUAGUGCUGGUUAUGCAGUUGCCAGCCUAUUGCUUCAACCGAAGGAUAGACAUAAUGGGAAUCUAUUGUUUGACAAUGAAGGUAGGCUUGUUCAUAUUGAUUUUGGUUUUAUCCUGGAAACUUCACCGGGUGGAAAUAUGCGAUUCGAAAGUGCCCACUUCAAACUGAGUCACGAGAUGACUCAAUUACUUGAUCCAUCUGGAGUGAUGAAAAGCGACACUUGGUAUCUAUUUGUAAGCUUGUGUGUGAAGGGUUACCUUGCUGCUCGUCGCCAUAUGAAUGGGAUCAUCAAUACAGUCCGAUUAAUGAUAGACAGUGGAUUGCCUUGCUUCAGCAGGGGUGAUCCUAUUGGAAAUCUUCGCAAAAGAUUUCAUCCUGAGAUGAGCGAGCGUGAGGCUGCUAAUUUCAUGAUCCGCAUAUGCACGGAUGCCUAUAAUAAAUGGACGACUGCGGGUUAUGAUUUGAUUCAAUAUUUGCAGCAAGGCAUCGAAAAAUGAGGAACCGUGUUAAUGGUUGGCAUUGGAUGUAUGUUUUGACACGUUGCUUUUCAAUUAUUUCUGCUUGUAUACCACAGUUGCAAUAGUUAACCCCCUCCCACCCUGCUGCUCCGCCCUGCCUCGCCUCUGCAAAA